AUUAUUCAAGAUCCUAAAUGUACUAAAUGCAGUGAGCCAUACGCCGAUAUAAACCACAUUAUUUUUAAAUGCGAGUCAUUGAAGUUGCAUAGAUUAAUCCUGGCUUCGGAUAUAGAUAAAAUUUGCUCAGAAAAUAAAAUAAAUACUCCCCGCCGCCCAGAAGAAAUAUUAGCCAACCCAAGAUUUUUCAAACCAUUAUUCAAGUUUAUAUGUUCGACAAUGGAGAAGAUAUAAUAUGGAAAAAAAAAAAUCUGAAGUGUAGAAGUUUUUGUUUAUAAUUAUAUACAUAAUAAAAUAGUAAAAAUUUGUACAGUUUAGAGCGAAGGACUCGAAUCCAGCUCUCAAUAAAUUAAAAAAAAAAAAAAACCUCUUUGCUGUCUACGCGCCAUUUUGGCUUUUGGAGUUUUUGUAAUUUGUAUAGCUUGUUAGCGGCCCGAUUCUUCAUUCAAUUUGUAUUUAAAUUUAACUAUAGUGAAUAUUUACUUCACUAAUUCAAAUAUGGGUAAGGACAAGAAGACAGAAACCAGCGAUGGCUCAAGUGAAGAAGAAUACAUCGUCGAGAAAGUUUUAAAUAAAAGAACUGUAAAAGGAAAGGUGCAGUACCUACUCAAAUGGAAAGGUUAUAAAGAAGAAGAGAGUACAUGGGAGCCAGAAGAGAACCUCGAUUGUGAAGAAUUAAUCAAAGCUUUCGAAGACAGCCGAAAGGAAAAAGAGUCGAAAGCAAAGAAACCAGAAGAACGUAGUAAAAAACGCAGGCGUGACAGCGAUGAUACAAGUACAACAGGACGCAGAGGCAGAGGUACCAGUGUGUCGUCAAUGGAGGAACAGAAGGAAUCUAAAAAAGAAAAAAAAGAUGACAAGGCAAAAUCAGGUUUUGACAAGGGUCUCAAAGCGGAAAAAAUUAUAGGAGCAUCGGAUGCUACGGGAGAUUUGAUGUUUUUAAUAAAGUGGGCUGAUUCUGACGAAGCUGAAUUAGUUCCGGCUAAAGUGGCAAACAUUAAAUGCCCACAACAGGUAAUUGCCUUCUAUGAAGAAAGGCUGACGUGGCACACUCCAGCUGAGUCGGAGUGAAGAAGCACUAUAAAAAAAAGACUCAUUAUGUGAUAGUGUGGUAGUGAGUGUACGAAGAUAACUACCUGUUAUAUUUUAAAUAAGAUGCAGUAUAUUAAUCUAAGGUUUUAGAUA